CAGAGGGAGCAGAAGGCGCAGGCGGCGGAGGAGGCGGCGACCUGCGGCGAGAGGCACCGGCGGCGCGAGGGGCCGGCCGGCGGGCGAAGCUCCGGCCGUGAUACUUUUCCGUAGUCUCCUCGCCUCAGCAGCACGGCCGCCGCCACGGCCUCGGCCACGGGCACCGCUCAGCGCCGCGCACGCCCGCACUCACUCCCGCCACCCCACGCACACGCACACCCCCGCCCUCCCCACACCCCCCACCCGGGAGGGGGAAGAGAGGCAAAAAGUAAGAGAGGAAAAAAAAUAGCAGGAAGAUGGCGCCCACCAAGCCCAGCUUUCAGCAGGAUCCUUCCAGGCGAGAACGAAUAACUGCCCAGCAUCCUCUGCCCAACCAAUCAGAAUGUAGGAAAAUCUACAGAUAUGACGGAAUCUACUGUGAAUCUACCUACCAGAAUUUACAAGCAUUGAGAAAAGAGAAAUCCCGAGAUGCUGCUCGCUCCCGUCGGGGCAAAGAAAAUUUUGAGUUCUAUGAAUUGGCCAAGUUGUUGCCUCUUCCUGCAGCUAUCACAAGCCAGCUUGACAAGGCAUCUAUCAUUCGACUUACCAUUAGCUAUCUGAAAAUGAGGGACUUUGCUAACCAGGGAGACCCUCCGUGGAACUUGCGAAUGGAAGGCCCUCCACCAAACACAUCAGUAAAAGUUAUAGGUGCACAACGAAGGAGAAGCCCCAGUGCACUGGCCAUUGAAGUAUUUGAAGCACAUUUGGGAAGUCACAUUUUGCAGUCCCUGGAUGGCUUUGUAUUUGCACUAAAUCAAGAAGGAAAAUUUUUGUACAUUUCCGAAACAGUCUCCAUCUACCUAGGCCUCUCGCAAGUGGAGCUGACAGGCAGCAGCGUCUUUGACUAUGUCCACCCCGGGGACCACGUGGAGAUGGCAGAGCAGCUGGGCAUGAAGCUCCCACCUGGGCGGGGUCUGCUCUCGCAGGGUACCACUGAGGACGGAGCCAGCUCAGCAUCUUCCUCCUCCCAGUCAGAGACCCCCGAGCCAGUGGAGUCAACCAGCCCCAGCCUGCUAACCACUGACAACACCCUUGAGCGUUCCUUCUUCAUCCGGAUGAAGUCUACGCUGACCAAACGCGGUGUGCACAUCAAAUCAUCAGGAUAUAAGGUGAUUCACAUAACAGGCCGGCUACGACUGAGGGUGUCGCUGUCCCACGGGAGGACCGUCCCCAGCCAAAUCAUGGGGCUCGUGGUCGUGGCGCAUGCCUUGCCUCCCCCUACAAUCAAUGAAGUCAGAAUCGACUGCCAUAUGUUCGUCACUCGAGUAAAUAUGGACCUCAAUAUCAUUUACUGUGAAAAUAGGAUCAGCGAUUACAUGGAUCUGACCCCUGUAGACAUCGUGGGGAAGAGAUGCUACCACUUCAUCCACGCCGAGGACGUCGAGGGCAUCAGGCACAGCCACUUGGACCUGCUGAAUAAGGGCCAGUGUGUGACGAAGUACUACCGCUGGAUGCAGAAGAACGGAGGCUAUAUCUGGAUACAGUCUAGCGCCACCAUAGCUAUUAAUGCCAAGAACGCAAAUGAGAAGAACAUCAUCUGGGUGAAUUAUCUUCUUAGUAACCCAGAGUACAAGGACACGCCUAUGGACAUCGCCCAGCUCCCCCAUCUGCCGGAGAAGACGUCAGAAUCCUCGGAGACCUCUGACUCUGAAUCAGACUCUAAAGACACCUCAGAGGACAACGAGAACUCCAAGUCCGACGAGAAGGGGAACCAGUCUGAGAACAGCGAAGACCCGGAGCCCGACCGGAAAAAGUCGGGCAACACCUGCGACCAGGACAUGAACUGCAACGACCAAGGCCACAGCUCCAGCAAUCCUGACAGCCGCGACAGCGACGACAGCUUCGAGCACUCGGACUUUGAGAAUCCCAAGGCCGGCGAGGACGGCUUCGGGGCCCUGGGCCCCAUGCAGAUCAAGGUGGAGCGCUACGUGGAGAGCGAGUCGGACCUGAGGCUGCAGAACUGCGAGUCGCUCACGUCGGACAGCGCCAAGGACUCGGACAGCGCGGCCGAGGCGGGCGCGCAGGCCCCCAGCAAGCACCAGAAGCGCAAAAAGAGGCGGAAACGGCAGAAGGGUGGCAGCGCCAGCCGGAGGCGCCUGUCCAGCGCCUCGAGCCCCGGCGGCCUGGACGCGGGCCUGGUGGAGCCCCCGCGGCUGCUGUCCUCCCCCAACAGUGCCUCGGUGCUCAAGAUCAAGACGGAGAUCUCGGAACCCAUCAACUUCGACAACGACAGCAGCAUCUGGAACUACCCGCCCAACCGGGAGAUCUCCAGGAACGAGUCCCCCUACAGCAUGACCAAGCCCCCCAGCUCCGAGCACUUCCCGUCCCCGCAGGGCGGCGGCGGCAGCGGGGGCAGCGGGGGCCUGCACGUGGCCAUCCCGGACUCGGUCCUCACCCCCCCGGGCGCCGACGGUGCGGCCGCCCGCAAGACUCAGUUCAGCGCCUCGGCCACCACGGCUUUGGCUCCCGUCGCCUCCGACCCCCUGUCACCGCCGCUCUCGGCGUCCCCUCGGGACAAGCACCCCGGGGGCGGCAGCGGGGGCGGCGGGAGUGGCCCCAGCGCGUCCAACUCCUUGCUGUACACUGGGGACCUGGAGGCGCUGCAGAGGUUGCAGGCUGGCAACGUCGUGCUCCCGCUGGUGCACAGGGUGACCGGGACCCUGGCGGCCACCAGCACGGCCGCCCAAAGGGUCUACACCACGGGCACCAUCCGCUACGCACCCGCCGAGGUGACCCUGGCCAUGCAGGGCAACCUGCUGCCCAACGCGCACGCUGUUAACUUCGUGGACGUUAACAGCCCCGGCUUCGGCCUUGACCCCAAGACGCCCAUGGAGAUGCUCUACCACCACGUGCACAGGCUCAACAUGUCGGGACCGUUCGGCAGCGCCGUGAGCGCGGCCAGCCUAACGCAGAUGCCCGCGGGCAACGUGUUCACCACCGCGGAGGGACUCUUCUCCACGCUGCCCUUCCCCGUCUACAGCAACGGCAUCCACGCGGCACAGACUCUGGAGCGCAAGGACGACUGAGGCGGGCGGUCCACGGGGAGGCAUCGUCGGCGUUUUUCGUUUAGACCUUUAAUUCUAGCACUUUGAAUUCGAGCAGGUCAGCGUCUUCUCUCGACACGACGUUCCCCACCCCAUUCCCUCUUUCUUUCACUUGACUUAUUCUUUCCUGUAAAGAUGUGUUUGUUUUUGGCCUUCAGAGGAUCAGAUGACCAGUUGCCUGCCAUUUUGUCGUCUCCUAAGAUGUGUGUUGGGUUGCUUUGCUUUCCUUUGCAUCUUUGUUAAGGUGUCUUUAAUGUGUAUAUGCCUCUGCCAUGGAAUACUCAGUCUUGUGGUCAAGAGAUUUUUUCAAGUGACCGCCAUUGGGUUUUUCUUCACAAAGAUCU